GCAUUCUAACCGCAGGUAGCAGAAGCCAGAGACAAAUUAGGGUUAGGGUUUUCUCAAUCGUUAGUGCCAAAUCGGCUAAGCAGAGUAAUCGCGACAAUGAUCUACGACGUGAACUCCCCCCUCUUCCGAUCCUUCCUCAGCCAGAAAGGUGGCUCCUCCGACAAAAGGAAGUUGGAAGAGCAGAAGCCGAAGGAGCAUCGACCAAAGGCCAGUGAGAAUAAGCCUGUUAUGAAUGAGUGACAACAGAUUGACAUAUAAGCUAUGAACUGGUUUAGGACCCUUGGUGUUGUUAACUAGAUGAGUACUAUGUGUUUAAGACAAGAUUAUUGCUACGUAUUGGCUUUUCGGUAACUUCUUAAGCAACCAUUUAUAGUUAUAUGUACUUUUGACCGUUGGAAUUAUGAUUUACACUCAUUUGAGUUGCA